AUGCAGCAAAGAAUAUCUAACUGCGAGUCAGCCCUCUCGCCAUGGCAGAAGAACUUCCAACAGGAGUGCCGCAUCUUUGUAGAAGAGGCAGAGACUCUAGCUGACUACGCCAGACAGCACCCUGACGAUGAUGAACAUGAGCACAGCGAGGAUAUUUGUAGAGGACUUGAAAGUCUAUGGUCUCAAAUAGCGCGAGUUAAGGACACCGGACUUGAUAUGGUUGCGGAGACGCCGAGAUGUUCUCUUGUCCUCAAGGAUCGUGAAUAUUGGUUUAUUCGCGCUCUGGCGGAUCAGACAGAGUUUGAAGACGAUUGCGAUGAAAUAGAAGCCCGUUUAGGUGCACUGGUAUCGAUGGUUGAACGCCACGAGUUAGAGAAUCUAUGGAUUGCUGGAGAGCUCGAGUCAACGGCUUUGUAUGUUCAGGAGAAAUUUGAUGUAUAG